AUGGCUUCUCUCAUCUCUAAGUCUUUAUUUCUAAUUUUCUCCUUCUCUUUGAUGAUAUGUCUCUCUUUCAGUAGCAUUCCUGGCGACUUCUCUUCUCUGAGCAAUUAUGAACUCCACAAGUUCACUUCAAAUGAAAACGUCUUUGAGCUGUUCAAAGCGUGGCAGAAGGAAUACAACAAAGAAUACGAAAGCAAAGAGGAGGAGUUGAAGAGGUUUGAGAUCUUCAAAAGCAACUUGAACUACAUCGUGACGAGGAACGCAAAGAGAUCAUCAGCCUCUCAGUAUAGCCUGGGUUUGAACGAGUUCGCAGAUCUGACUUUUGAGGAAUUCAGCAAAACCCACUUGGGUGAGAUUCAGAUAGACCAAUCCACGGUAGAAGAAGCCAAAAUGGGUAAUAAUAAGAUGGAACAACCCAGGUUAUGCCCUAAUGCACCUACCACCUGGGAUUGGAGGAUUAUGGGUGCUGUAACUCCUGUUAAAAACCAAGGCAACUGUGGAUCUUGUUGGGCAUUCUCUGCAAUUGGAGCCAUUGAAGGAAUAAAUGCACUGACCACAGGAAAUCUUGUGAGCCUUUCUGAACAGCAACUCGUAUCUUGUGAUACUUCUAGCUUUGGCUGCCAAGGAGGUUAUGUCACUACUGCUUUUGACUAUGUCAUCAGAAAUCGUGGAGUUGCCUCAGAGGUACUUUAUCCUUACACAGCCACAAAUGGUACCUGUAAUGCCUUUCUGGAAACAUUCAGAAACGCUUCAAUUGAUGGCCAUCGGUGGGUAGGUUCCAGAUCGGAAGACACUCUCUUUUGCGCAGUUGCUCGGCAGCCCGUUACUGCUCUUGUUCAAGCUAGUGGCCCAGAUUUUAUGUUUUACCAGAAUGGAAUCAUAGAUGAGUCAGCCUGCAGGAACAUCAGUCCAUGUACUGUCAAUCACGGCGUGUUGGUUGUGGGAUAUGGUACAAUUAGUGGGCAAGAUUAUUGGAUCGUGAAGAACUCAUGGGGAAGCAACUGGGGAGCUGGUGGCUACUUCUUCCUCAAAAGAAACACUGGCCUAGAUGUUGGAGUAUGCAAUGUUAAUUGCUAUCCAAUCGUCCCAACCAAAAACACUGUCACGCUUGAUUCUGCCAUAUGA